UGAUCGUAUUUAGGGUAUUUAGGCGAGGGGCAGAUUGGUUUAAUUAGCCUUCAGUUUACAGGUGGGCGAAAACCGUUUGUAGGACGGCCCCUCUUUCAGUUCCUCAACAGGAGACGCGGGACUGUCAUUUGUUUGCCAUCCUGUGGGACAGAAGAAACGGCUCCGUUAACAGGUGCGAGGAUAGACAAAUACACCGGCGUUCAGUCGUGUGUUUGUGCAGAACGCGAUUUGAAGAAUAUUUCCAUUGGUGUUCGCGGUAAAUUAGGAGCUUUAUCUACAUAUCCAGCAUAUCUUCGAAGCCUCUUUCGUACCGGAGGAGGACCGACAAAGCCAUGUCAACCAAAAAACGGGUGGAUUUAACGAGAAGGAGCCGAAGCCCCGCGGUGUCCGAGGCGGAGAUGUUUGGUGAUUUUCAGGAGUGGUGCCUCCGCACUUAUGGGGACUCCGGCAAAACAAAGACCGUCACCCGGCGAAAAUACAACAAAAUUCUGCAGACCCUCUUACAGAGCGACGACUUGGAGGGCGUCUAUAUCGAGAGCAACCACAUCAACGCCAAAUUUAAGUUCUGGGUGAAAUCCAAAGGUUUCCAGGUGGGCAACACUGACAGCAAGCCGAACGAGAACGGGGCAGCGGACAAACCGGUCCUGUACGUCCCCAUCAAGGCAACGUGUGUGGACGGGGGCUCGGGGCCGGAGAACUCCUUUCUCAAAAGGGUCGCUAUGGUGGAGGACUUCUAUGACAUCAUCUAUGCCAUGCACGUGGAGAUCAGCUCUGACCCGGCCAAAGCACCCAAACAUGCCGGACAGAAGAAAACAUAUAAAGCGGUGAGGAAAGCAAGGAACUUAUUUCUCAUAGUCUCUGAUCAGACAUGGAAAAGGCUACAUGAUAUGACUACAAAUGCUUCUUUCUCAGAAAAUAAUCAACCAACUUCUCUGGCGGCCGACCUCAUCGACUACAGCAUGCCCCUCACGACAACCUACUUGAAACAGAAGAAACUACAGUGCAUGAACAACAACGAGCAGGAUGACUGUUCAGUGAGUAGUGAGGAGUUUGAUAUGAGUGACCCCACAUGGAUAUCAGCUGAACGUCACGCCGCACCGUCUGACCUGAACCACCCCUCCAGCGCAGAUAGGAUGCACAGCCCGCAAAACACACACAAGGAAGAGGACGAUGAUUCAUCUUCUGAAAGUGGGAGUGGCAAUGGGAUUCACACACUGACUCCUCCCUCGGUAGGUGUGGCCGGAGUGAGUGACAGUACGGGGACGGGACCCGGAUCAGGCUCGUACGCUGAGGUUAACGGCAACGGAAACGGUACCGCAGCACCACUCGACUUCAGCACGACUUCCUCGUCCUCAUCCUCAGAGGACCAGCAACCAGUCAACCUCAGCGACAGACUGAGUCAGGCCCUGCCUAGUGCUGCCGCCAUGCUGGCGACCUUUAACCCUGAGCACGCAGAGGAGCUGCGCAGAAAAUACCCCAAAUCCUCAGAGCUACGCCUUGACCGAGAUAUCAGGGACUAUAAUAACAAGUCUCCUCAAUACACUUCAGGCAGCUAUGAUUCAAUAAAGAUGGAGAUAUGCCCUGAAGAUCUGACUGUUGGUCGGCCUCCGGCGGCUGACGAUGAUGACGAUGACCAUGAUGACCACGACGAUAGCGAUAAGAUCAAUGAUGUAGAAGGAGUGGAUCCAGAGAGGUUGAAGGCUUUUAACAUGUUUGUGCGUCUCUUUGUGGAUGAGAACCUGGACCGUAUGGUGCCAAUCUCUAAACAGCCUAAAGAGAAGAUCCAGGCCAUUAUCGAGUCCUGCAGCCGUCAGUUCCCAGAGUUCCAGGAACGCGCUCGCAAACGCAUUCGUACCUACCUCAAAUCCUGUCGCCGUAUGAAGAAGAACGGCAUGGAGCAGACUCGACCCACGCCACCCCACCUGACCUCAGCCCUGGCUGAGAACAUUCUAGCAGCCGCCUGUGAGAGUGAAUCACGCAAAGCUGCCAAAAGAAUGCGCAUGGAUGUCUACCAGGCACACGAUGAGCCGUUAUCUCUGGAUAAGGCGGUCUCUCGUGAGCCGGUCUCGCUGACGCACUCUGCAUACUCCCUUGCUGCCUCAGCCUACUCCCAGGACCAACUAUACAUUAAUGGAGGCCUCAGCUACAGUUAUCGUGGUUAUGGCGGACUGUGUGCCAGCAUGCAACACCCCGCGUCACUGACAACAGCUACCGCCCAGACCAACGGGCCUACUGAUCUCAGUAUGAAGUCUCUGGCCUCAAAUUCGUCCUCGUCAAGCUCCAGUAGUCUCGGCAGGAAUGGAGGAGGAGGCGGGGCUUCAGCUCAGCUCAGCCAUACAGAAGUGGCGGCAGUGCGUCAGCUGAUCGCAGGAUACCGUGAGUCUGCGGCCUUCCUGCUACGAUCGGCAGAUGAACUGGAGAACCUCAUACUACAACAGAACUGAACCGAUUCUCAACACUCUCUGUCUAAACACAUACCCUCAUCCCUCACAUGAUCCUCAUCAGAGGUUUUCCGGUCACUGAGGAAAACCAUCUGGCUCUUAAAGAUGUUAGAAGAGAGAGAAAACACAGCUUCCUCAAGCUUUUGCUUUCAUAUCAUUUCAACGAGAACGGCCGAGAGAUGGAGAUGAAUCGCUGAAGGACACUUCGGUGCAGAAGCGGACGGUUCGAUGCGUCCUCCACAUACUGCUCCCGCAUUUCAUGCCUUCUCCAUGGCCUCCCUCUGUUUAACCGCCAUUCGUUCCCCGCUGAGAGCCAUCGAUUUCUGAUUUUCUUUGUUUUUAGCUACUUCAAAGGAGGAAUUACGGAACGUCAAUCCUCCAGACGGCACUAACUAAAUGAAGACACUUUUGAUUUGGAGGCGUAAUGGAAAGAAAGAAGAUAAGAAAAGCAAGAAGAAAACUAAUAGACCUUUGUAUUUGCUGUAAAUAAGCACUCGCAGUGUCCUGAAGCACUUUUCCAUUCAUUCUGACCUCUGAAUCAUUAAUUUAUGCAUAUAGAUACGCAGGUGGAAGCUCACCUGGAAAUACCUCAGCCUGUCUGUCCUGCUCUCUCUCUCUCCCAGCAUUCCCCUCUCUGUGUGUGGGAGAAGAAAAUUAUCACCUGUCCGUCCUUGACUUCGCAGUCCACUGAUUUGGGCAUCGAAAGCAGAGAGUGGGAGUGAAUUUGUUGAAUUUGUAAUUGAACUGCGGAUUUUCUUUUCCACCUCCUCCAAAUGUGUUGUACUGUAUAUAUUCCGAUCCAUUUCAAGAUACUGAUGGCAAAAAGGAUGGCCAAGAUACACUGGACUUGUUUUGGGAAUGGACCUUUCCUGAUGCAUUUAAACACUUCGGUCUCACAGAUGCCAACUCUUUGUUUCCUCUCUACGGGUCACCCUCUAUUCUCCUCUUCUCUAUGUGUCCUUCCAUUUCUCCUGUACGUCCUCUCUCCUCCUCCACCUUAUUAUUCUGCUUUGGAGGGAGAUGGAGAGGAAGGAUCCGGAAUGGAAGCUUGUUAGUCUUGUAUCUGUUGACUUUUCUUAAUGGCCAUUAAUCCACUCUGCUGCUAUGGACUCCAACGUAACGCCACAGACCUGAAACCUCAAGCCUCCCAAACACAACCAGAGCACCUCAAGGCAAAAAAAAACAAGGCAAAAAAAGUCCAAAACAGAAGCCAAAUCCAAAAGAAAUAUAAAAAAAACCUGCCGUUUUGCAUUCUGGUCGAGAGUGUUUGAUUUCAUACUGAGGGCUGCUUGUGUUUGCUUUUGUUUGAUUUGUUCUAAAAGUACGGUGUGUGCUUAAAUCUCGAGAUCAACUGGGAUCAAAUCG